CUCCGCCCCUUCUUUCCUUUGCCGCCAUGUCCGCGAACCCGAGUGACUCGCAUCCCGUCGGGUCGGCGCCCGUCGGCACCGCCAGCGCCUCGUCUCUUCUCCAGGACCACAUGAGUGACAUCUUCCUCCUGUGUCUGGUGGCGGCCAUUGUCUUUGGCUAUUUCUACCAGAAGCGCAUGAUGGAGCGCAAGAAGGACCGCUCCCCGCCGUCCAGCAAGGCCGCCCCGGUGGUGACCACCCCGGUUCCCACCUGCACCAAGAACCUGAUGUCCAAGAUGCGCGAGUCGAACAAGAACGUCGCCAUCUUCUUUGGCUCUCAGACCGGCACGGCCGAGGAUUACGCCAACCGCAUCGCGCGCGAGGCCAAGCAGUAUGGCUUUGAGCCGGCCGUCAUCGACAUCGAGACCUAUGAUCUUACCGACCUUGCCGAGUUCACCAAGGAUAUGCUGGUCUUCUUUGUGGUGGCCACCUAUGGCGAGGGCGAGCCGACCGACAACGCCCAGGACGCUUACACCACCUUCUCCGAGGACGACCUGGAGCCUGGGCUCAUGAGCAACCUGAACUUCGUGGUCUUCGGCCUCGGCAACAAGACCUACGAGCAGUACAAUGUCAUGGGCCAGUUCUGGGACCGGCGCCUGGAGGAGCUCGGUGGCCACCGUGUCUUCACCCUGGGUCUGGGUGAUGAUGAUGGCAACCUCGAGGAGGACUUCAUCUCCUGGAAGGACGAGAUGUGGCCGGCGGUGUGCUCGCACUUCGGCAAGGAUGCGCUGGCCGCGUCCGGUGCCCUGGUCCGGGAGUUCCGCGUGGUGGAGAAGACCGAGGAGGAGGUCCCCCUCUCGCGGCUGUUCUCCGGCGAGAUCGGCCCGCGCCUGGUUCCCCCUGCCCAGCAGACUCGCCCGCCCUACGACAUCAAGAAUCCCUUCUAUGCGGAUGUCGUUGUGCACCGUGAGCUCAUGCCGACCGGCCACAACCGCCGUGCCAUGCACAUCGAGGUCAACCUCAAGGGGAUUUCCGCUCUGCCCUACUCCACCGGUGACCACAUCGGUGUCUUCGCCCCCAACUCCGCGCUUGAGGUCGAGCGUCUGGCUGCUGCUCUGGGCAUUGCCAAUCUCGAUACCAUCAUCAGCAUUGUUCCGGCCGACCCCUCCUCUCCCAAGCAGUCUCCCUUCCCCUGCCCGACUACCUACCGCACGGCCUUCACCCACUACCUGGACAUUGUGACCCCCCCGCGCACGCACAUCAUCCAGGCCCUGGUUCAGUCGGCUCCCGAGGGGUCCCCCUCGCGUGGGCACCUCCAGGCCCUCCUCUCGCCCGAGAGCAAGGAGGAGCUCAACCGCUAUCUGAAUGUGGACUACCGGUCGCUGGCCGACAUUCUCCUGCAGUACCCGGACAUUCGGCCGCCGGUGGACCUGAUCCUGGAACUGCUGCCCCGUCUGCAGUGCCGUUACUACUCGAUCGCCACCUCGAGCCGGGUCAGCCCGGAUACCGUGGCCAUUUGCGCCUCUCUGACGGAGUUCACCACCAACACCGGGCGCCAGGUGACCGGUGUGGCCACCGGCAUGUUUGCCAACAUCAAGCCCGCCUUCGAGGCUGCGGUGGCCGCUGGCGAUCCCGCCUCGGUGGCCUUCCCCACCAUGCCGGUUUUCAUUCGGAGCUCCUCCUUCAAGCUGCCGGCUCUCUCCACCCGUCCGGUUCUGAUGAUUGGCCCUGGCACCGGUGUGGCUCCCUUCCGUGGGUUUGUCCAGGAGCGCCUGUACCAGCGUGACAAUCUCAAUCGCGAGGUCGGCGAUACGGUUCUCUUCUUUGGCGCCCGUUUCCCGGAGGAGUUCCUCUAUGAGGAGGAGUUCCGCGCGGCCGAGGAGUCCGGCCUCCUGGAGCUGCAUGUCUGCUUCUCGCGCGUGCCCGGCACUCAGCGCAAGUAUGUGCAGCAUCUGCUGGAGGUCCACCGCGAGCGCGUGUGGGAUCUCAUCCAGCGCAAUGCCCUCAUCUAUGUGUGUGGCGAUGCCAAGAACAUGGCUCGCGAUGUCAACCGCAAGUUUGUCGACAUCGCCCGCGACCUCGGGGGCUUGACCGAGGAGGAUGCCGUGAACUUUGUCAAGAAGCUUCGCAGUGACGCCCGCUACUUCGAGGAUGUCUGGACCUAAAUGGGCAGGAGGGGGAUCGUCCUCCCCC